GGGCAUUGUAGUUGCCGACGCCUCAUCCAUCUUCCGCGGGGAGACAAUGCUGGCUUCCCGCGCGCUCUUCGGGAGAGUCGCCGUAGCGGCGCGAAGGGCCACCGCUGAGGUCUCAUCGCCUUUUUCCACAGGGCCCAGGCAAGAUGAUGGCACAUUCUACGAAUUUCGUACCUAUACUGUUAAGCCAGACAAGAUGAAAGACUUCCUGGAACUCACCAGCAAAAACAUUCACCUUCGUACAGCUCAUUCCCAGAUGGUUGGAUACUGGACCUCAGAAUUUGGUGGACUGAAUAAAGCUUUUCAUAUUUGGAAAUAUGAGAGCUUUGCUCAGAGAUCUGCUGUCCGCACAGCAUUAGCCAAGGACCAAGAAUGGCAAGAAAAAUACAUGUCUCGAAUGCUGCCUUUGUUAGACAAACAAGACAACGAAAUUGCAUACCUGGUGCCGUGGUGUGAACUUGGCAGCCCUCCCAAGGAUGGAGUCUAUGAGUUGGUUACCUUCCAGAUGAAGCCGGGGGGACCAGCCGUGUGGGGCCAGUCCUUUAAAACAUCAAUUAGUACUCACAUAAAGACAGGAUACACUAAACUGAUUGGUGUCUUCCACACAGAAUACGGACUACUUAACAGAGUUCAUGUGCUUUGGUGGAAUGAAAACUCAGACAGCCGCGCUGCUGGAAGACACUCUGCGCACGAGGAUCCCAGAGUAGUAGCAGCAGUUCGGGAAAGUGUUCAGUUCCUGGAAUCGCAGCAGAACUGUCUCCUGGUACCUACAGCAUUUUCACCCUUGAAAUAGUUUUCUAUACCUACUAAUGGCGGUUUUCUUAA